GAAAAAAAAAAUGUGAUCAGAAACUGACCAGGAAGUCAUGUCAUGUGUGAUGGGACGUCGAUCCAGUGGCGGAGGAGCGUUGAUACCGCAGCUUCACCUUCAGGACAUGUCGGAGCUUCUGCCAGCUCGCUCUUAAGGUAAAAUGGUGCAGCUGCCUCCAUCCUGUCUUGUUUUAGCUCUUGUUCUUGGAGCGGCAGAUUUGAUCCUCUGUACAGGCGUCAAUAGAUGUGUUGCCAGAAACUUUGGCCAUGACUCUGUGGUGUGUGAGUGCAAUUCCACCUACUGUGAUGGCGUUGGCCCCGUCAGCCUGCCCCCUCUGGGUCAGUUCUCCACCUACCUGAGCAACAGGGCCGGCAGCAGGAUGGAGCCGGGCCGGGGUCAGGUCCAGGUCAACAGCAGCGGAGCAGGUGUCCGGCUGACGCUCGUACCCUACCAGAAGUAUCAGAGGAUAAGGGGGUUCGGAGGAGCCAUGACGGACGCAGCAGCCAUCAACAUACUCUCCCUGUCUGCUGGUGCACAGGAGCAGCUGCUGCGACAGUACUUCUCCAAGGAAGGGAUCGGCUACAGUGUCGUACGCGUGCCCGUCGCCAGCUGUGACUUCUCCACCCGCCUGUACACGUACGCCGACACGCCUGGGGACUACGAGCUGAAAAACUUCACUCUGGCCCCGGAGGACGUGAACAUGAAGAUCCCUCUGCUGCUGCGCGCCCAGGCCUUGUCUCCUCGCCCUCUCUCCCUGCUAGGCAGCGCCUGGAGCGCCCCCGCCUGGCUGAAAACGAACGGUGCGCUCGUAGGAAAGGGUUCCCUGAAGGGCCAGCCGGGGGGCAAGGAGCAUAAAACGUGGGCUCAGUACUACAUCAGGUUCCUUGAGGAAUAUGCUAAAUUUAACCUAACCUUCUGGGCACUGACUACAGGAAACGAGCCCUCUGCAGGAGAAAUGACAAACUACAGUUUCCAGGCUCUGGGCUUCACCCCCGAGGAGCAGAGAGACUGGGUGGCUCUGGACCUGGGCCCGGCCCUGCGGUCCUCAUCACACCCACAUACGCACGUCCUCACGCUGGAUGACAACCGCCUGCUGCUGCCCCACUGGGCCAAAGUGGUUCUCGGUGACGUUCACGCAGCGCGAUACAUUCACGGCGUGGCCGUGCACUGGUACCUGGACAGUCUGGUCCCUGCAGAGGCGAGCCUGGGCGCCACCCACCGGCUCUACCCAGAGUACUAUCUGUUUGGCACGGAGGCCUGCGCCGGCUGGAGCCCACUGGACCGCGGAGUGAAGCUGGGCAGCUGGGACAGGGCGGAGCAGUACGCACACGACAUCCUGGAGGACUUGAAUCACUACGUCGUGGGCUGGACCGACUGGAACCUGGCGCUGGACCAGACCGGCGGACCGAACUGGGUCAAGAACUUUGUGGACAGCCCCGUCAUAGUGGACGCCGAGCAGGACGUCUUUUACAAGCAGCCGUCUUUCUACGGCAUGGCCCACUUCAGUAAGUUCCUGUGGGAGGGCUCACAGAGGGUGGGGGUGUCUGCUAGCGGAAAGACGCCGCUGGAAUUCGCCGCCUUCGUCCGGCCAGACGGCUCCGUGGCGCUCGUCGUUCUCAACAGGUCGUCAUCAGCCAUCCAGUUUGAGGUCUGGGAUCCGGCUGUGGGUUACCUUCCCUGCACCGCUCCGGCCCAUUCACUGCUCACGGUUGCUUGGAACACACACUGAGCUUUAAAAAAAAAAAAAUACCAAAAAAU